UCAACCUGUAGGAUGACGUCUCGAUUGGCAUGGGGUCACGCACGAUUGGGAGAUCUUAGACCCCGGCGACCCCGCGAUAGCUAGCAACUAGAGAUGUGCAUACGGUACAUAAGGUAUAUAUUGUACAUACAUACAUACCUCCUAACAUACAUAGCCCCAUUGUAAUGUGAUGGAUGUUGGGUGUAACCACUGUUACGCCAUCUAUGGAAAGCUACCUAGAGUCCGUCAUUAAUAAAGUCAAUAAUUAUUAAACCGCCCAGUUCGCUACUUGUUAGAUCUCUCUCGCUUUCCGUCAAUGGACGAAGAAAUUUCAUACUCUUUUCCCGUUUAGGUGGUAGACGUCCCAUCGCCGGUGUGUGCUGUCGAAGCCAAAGUAUCUAAGUCAUAAUACGUGCGCGAUACAGACAACAAUCAUAUCUCACAACUCCUCAACUGUCAAACGCGGUAUUUGUAACAUAAUGGCGCUGGGUAGAUGGACAUUUCCUACCAGUAGGAAGUUAUCUACUACCAGUUCUGGUGGUCAUCUUACAAGCGGUACUACAACGCCAACCGACAACGAAACUCGAGAUUCUUCAAAAUCGCAGUCUCGCCUAUUUCGAACUCUAACCGGAGGCUUCAGACCCUCUAAGCCCAAGAAGACAGAAGAGCGCGACGAGUUGGCUCAUCUGAACAAGCCGUUCACGCCACAAAAUCUAGAACACCAGAAGAUACUGAACGCCUUCGAAUGGAACUUUGGGAAGAGGAGGUCGAGUCAUGGUAGUCGAAGUAGUACAAGCGGGAUCAGCCCGAGUACUUCGAGGAACACCAGUGUUGAUCACAGCAACAUACCUCCGACGGGUUCUGAUCCAAUAGAGACACGUCCUCGGUUUAACAGUGUCUUGGUUCAGGAACCACCUCGAGAAGACCCACAACAGGAGAAACAGACGUAUCGAACAGAAAGGAAUUAGGGUUUUAAUGGAAGACGGUAGGAGGACACAGUUUUGACGGGUCACGAUACGACGAAUGUAAUGAUACCUGGAGGGAUUUGUGCACUAGUUGACCUCUGGUCAUAUAAUACUCGCAUUGGGAAGGAAAGGUUUAAAGCAUCGGUUAGCAGGAUUGCAAAAAGACGGCAGAUAUAUGGCGAAUAUAUCAGGUAAUUAUAUUCGGUAUGAUACACAUACACACAUUAAUAUGUACAUUCAAUAGAUAGAGUUAUUAAGGCCUCAGAAUUUU